GCAAUCCCGCGGAUGGUGAGGAUCGCCAUGACCAUGACCUGAGACGCAGAGCUGGCUGGCAUGGCAUGGGGCAUGAGGACGGCGGCGAUCUUGCAUUGCACGAGAGCAUGAGCGUGAAGAGGUGGUAGCAGUAGCAGUAGCACUCGAGACGAGACGAGAGAGGCCAAGUCAAAUCGCGAAUGCGCGUGGGACCCACCGUUACUUGUGCUCAGCCAGCGCAAUCCCAUUCCCAUCGGAGAAAGAGAAAACCAUCCCAUCCGAAUCGGGGUCCCCGGUAGAUCUGCACUGCACUGCACUGCACCAGACGGAGCGGAGCGCCGCCGGUCUCUUCCGGUCAGCGGCCAUGGACCGCGACGGCCGCCCGGGGUGGCUGCCGUCGAUGGGCUUCGCGUUCCUCAGCUUCAACUGCGGGAUGGCCGUCUACCGCUCCUGGGACGACCCCUACACCGUCGCUUUCGUCCUCGCCGCCUACGCCGCCCUCGUCCUCCUCUUCCGCUGCCUCCACCUGCUGGAGCGACGCAGGGACCACCGCCUCAAGCUCGCCGUCUGGGCCCUCUCCACGCUCCUUACGCUCAUGUUCUCGUACAAGGUCGCCGCCAUGAUGCCGCCCUGGGCACAGCUGCUCGUCUGGGCCCUGGGGAUCCUCACCAUCGUCGCCGGAUUCUACGCCUUCUUCGUCGCCCGCCCGGAGGAGCCCUGACCUCACCGAUCCCUCCCUUCGUCUCCAUGGCAGGCAUCACAUGGAUACUUGAUGAGCAUUACAGAGAGGAACCUUAUGUAUGUCUUUGCAGCAUGCGAAGAAGAUACGUAACGAGAGGGAACCUUGGCAAGUUGUGUGAAGGUUGUGGGAGCACUCUUGAUGUUGAAAGGGUUGGUUUGGUUGUAGAAGUAAUAAAAAAGUAGGGUUUGGCUUGAACUCGUGAACCCCCGGAAAGAGAUUAGCUUUUUGUUCUGAAAGCGCAGGUUAUUAUGUAAAAACGGUUUGCUUGCAUCUAGAGGUGAAUGUUUGAGACCUCUGUACAUUUCAGUAACGCGGCUAGCCGUGUCGUGUCACCACCACUAGUCGGACUCGGAUGCAAUGCAAGUCAAGUCAAUUAUAGGA